AAUAGAGAGAAUAUAAAUUUAAAGGCAUCAUGAUGAAUUUGAAUUCUUAACUUUUUCUUUACUUUAGACAUUACCACUUUAUCAUUCAAAACCCCUUUCAAUGCUUAGAAAAAUGUUACUACAUUGUUUUGGGGAAUAUCAAGGUUUAGUAGUAGUAGUAGUAUUUAUUUAUUGGACACGCCGCGCGGUCAAUAAAAAGAAUCUCUAUCAUAUAGUGUGAGAUAUUUUUUCUUAAUAAAACGAGAAUAUAUAUUUUGGAAUAUUGAAAUAUAAAUAUGUGGAGAAAAUCAGAUAAAUAGACGCUCUUCAAAACGAGAAGGAAAUAAACGGAAUAGCACAACGGUGGCAGAAAUGAUCAAAGAAAAGGAAGCACUGAUUCCAGAAUUCUCGAAUGUAUCACUACUGAACUGUAUUGAUCUCGCCAAUCCAGAUGUUCAAUCAUCUGUCUCUCUCCUUAAACAGGUAUGCUUAGAUUCUGGGUUCUUCUAUGUGAUCAAUCAUGGAAUUGAUAAGGAAUUCAUGGAUGAGGUCUUCUCUCAAAGCAAAAGAUUUUUCAGUUUGCCCAAGGAGGACAAAAUGAAGCUUCUAAGGAAUGAGAAAAAUCGUGGCUUUACUCCAUUGUUUGAUCAAUCCUUGGACCCCACCAAUCAAAUGCAUGGGGACUAUAAGGAAGGAUAUUACAUAGGUGUUGAAGUAUCCGAAGAUCAUUCUGAUGCACAGAAACCAUUUUACGGGCCAAACAGGUGGCCAUCUGAGGAUAUGUUGCCCAGAUGGAGGGAAACUAUGGAGAAAUAUUAUCAAGGUGCACUAGAUGUAGCAAGAUCCAUUUCACGGCUGAUAGCCCUCGCGUUAGGGCUAAAUGUCAACUAUUUUUGUCAGCCUGGAAUUCUUGGAAAAUCUAUUGCAACUCUGCAGCUGCUAUAUUAUGAAGAUCAAAUUUCUGAACCCGCCAAUGGAAUAUUUGGAGCUGGUGCACAUUCUGAUUUUGGUUUGAUUACCCUUUUGGCUACUGAUGAUAACUAUGGUCUUCUGAUAUGUAAAGACAAAGAUGCUAAGCCUCAGAUCUGGGAGUAUGUACCACCAUUAAAAGGGGCAUUUAUAGUUAAUAUAGGUGAUAUGCUGGAGCGCUGGAGCAACUGCUUUUUCAGAUCCACACUGCACCGGGUAUUAGGAAAUGGCCGAGAAAGAUAUUCUAUAGCAUUUUUUGUUGAGCCUAAUCAUGACUGCGUUGUCGAAUGCCUACCAACAUGUCAAUCAGAGCAGAAUCCUCCAAAGUUCACUCCAAUCAAAUGUGAAGAUUACCUUCUGCAGAGAUAUAAAGAUACUCAUGCUGACCUCAAUACCUACAAAUGAAAUGAUCUAAUAGGAAAAGGUGAAGCGAGGAAGAUCUCGUAAGGAACAACAAAGACCAUCAUCGACUUCUCAAAGCGGAACAAAAACAACAACAAUAACAAGAGGUCGGUUUCAAAAGGCAGUUGUGAGAACUCAAGAAAGUCAAGCUUAAUGAAAAAUAGUUAUGAGGAAUCAAGAACAAGUGUAUCUUACUUCUGGGUAUGGGUGUACUCUUGAUUGUUAAGGGAACUCAAGAAAGUUGUAUCUUAUUUUGUAUAGUGUUAAAUAAAUUACGAAAGUGUUUUUGUUAAA